GUUUCAGGUUUAUGGGUAGAUUCUGAAUCUGAUAUUUGUUACAGAGAAUAAUAGAAAACAAUUGAUAAGGAAUGUAGUUUGGAAAAACCUUUAGCUCUAACUUUCGUAACAACGAAUCUCAUAUCAGUUUCAUAGAAUAAUAUAAAACGGUUAAUAAGUAACGUGGACUAAAAUUCUACGCUUAAACUUCAAACUUGAAGUUGUGUUAGUCUUCUUCCAUUUCCAAAAAUGAAGCCUGAACUGGUGUGACUGGAAUUUUAGGCAACAUUCUUUUUUUAUGCCUUGUGUUGAUUAGAACUUGCUGUUGUCGGUGAAGCUUUUAGCCGUGGUAACUGCAGUCAGCAUCAGAUGUCUUUAUUUAAAGUCCUUUGUUUCACUCACUUCUCCCCCCUAACUGUUCUGCGUAUUUCAUGCUAUAAAUAUUCGCUUUUUAAAGGCUUUUUCUUUUAUAUAUGUAUGCCAGCAAGUGGUCUUUUCCUUUGAGUAAUAAUAAAAGCAUUCAUUACUUUGAUGUAUUUCCAACCAACAUGAGAGUGAUGAGACCAUCUUAGGUAGUUCGUCCACAAGCCAUUAUCAUCAAGAACAAAACAAAAGUAAAAGGGUAGUCUUUGAUAAAGAAGAAAAAAAAGAAAAAAGAACAAAAGAAUACAAGGAAAAAAAAAUUGACUAUAAUAUAUUUCUAUCUGCCCUGCUUUUGGCCCCUUUUUCCUCUGCUGCUUCUGCAGAUCACUCUGCAGUCUGCACUGUUUAGAUUCUUGCACGUCAUAAAUCCUUCCAGGCAUCUCACUAAUAAAUGCAUUUAUUGGUUUGCUUGGAGCAUGAAUUAAUCUGGUAAGUUGUUUCAGCUCUUUGUUCUUGUUGUUUCCUGUGUUAGAAGAUAUGGGGUCUAAUUCUAUGGUGAAUCCAAAACCAUGGGUGCCAUACAUGAACACCAAGGAUUGUUCUCAGGGAUUUUGUAGUAUAUAUUGUCCACAAUGGUGCUACAUCAUUUUCCCUCCUCCGCCUUCUUUUGAACUCAAUGACGACAGCGCCGGACCCAGUUUUUCGCCGAUUGUUAUCGCCAUUAUCGGUAUCCUGGCAAGUGCUUUCCUUCUGGUAAGUUACUACGCCAUAAUCUCCAAAUACUGUAAAGAUAGAACCAGAGAAAGUCAUUUCCCAUCCGGGGAAUCAGAAGCCGGUAAUCUGGACCAUUCGAUUCAUUCGCCAUGGCAUGAUUUGGAACAAGAUGGUUUAGACGAGGCUCUGAUCAAGUCAAUCAAAGUGUUCAAGUACAAGAAAGGAGAUCAUGAGGUCAACAGCCCAACUGAAAGGAGUAGUACAGAGUGUUCUGUUUGUCUGAGUGAGUUUCAAGAUGGGGAAAGCUUAAGGCUUUUGCCCAAAUGUAGCCAUGGUUUUCAUGUAAUGUGUAUUGACACUUGGUUGAGAUCUCACUCCAAUUGCCCUUUAUGCCGGGCGAAUAUCGCCGUCCUCAACGCGGAUGUGCCUCCAUUAACAGAAUCAUCUCCCCCUCAAAAUGGUCUUAGUUCAGUGAAUGGUAAUUCCCAUGAGAUUGAAAAUGUACAUUCUCAUUCUGAAGCAGAUAUAGAGAUGGGAAUCAGAUCGGAGGAAGAUAACGUUUUGCCGGGUUCGCGGGCUAAUAAUGAUCAUCAUCAUCAUCACUUGGGAAAUUCAUCAACAGGGGAUGACAGCAGGUUGAGUGACCUGAUCAGGAAUGAUGAAGAUAGAGAAGAAGGAAGGAUCAGAAGAUCAGUUUCCAUGGAUUGUAUAAGUCCGGGGCGGUUAUCGAUUGCUGAUAUGCUGCGAAUGGAUCAAGACGAAGAAGACGAUCAAACAGAACAGAACAAGUUGAGAAAUGAAGUUGGGACAUCAAAGUGGCGGCUUGUUGGAAUGAACAGACCUGGGAACAUAACUAGAACAUUGCAGCAGUACAUUUCAUCAGGGCCGAUUAUUAAAACAUCAUUUUCCAGUGAACGAUUUCUGUUCUCAAUGGGUAGAAGGGGAAGAAAUUUGGAUCUUCCCCCAUGAAACAUGAUGUGAUUCUUCUUUUUUGUUUUACCAGUUUUGGUUUCUUUUGGCC